AUGAAAUUUGACAAGAAUAAGAGUCCUCAAGACCUCGAGCUGUCUGGGGUGGUUCAGAGAAGUCCUUCUCAGGGUUCCGAAGAUGGCCAAUCAUCACCACACAUUGAGGACCCUGUCUUUGGUGAGGUUUCAGAGGGCGGGCCCAACUACCGAAAUGUCGGAUGGAUCGCGACUGUUGCCUUGAUGACCAAGACUCAGAUCGGUCUCGGAGUUCUCUCAAUACCCAAAACCUUUGAUGCUCUCGGUCUUAUCCCAGGUGUCAUCUGCCUCAUCACCGUCGCAAUUACCACCACCUGGUCCGAUUACAUGAUUGGCGUUUUUAAACGUCGUCAUCCCGGAGUCUACGGCCUCGAUGAUGCCGGUCAACUCAUGUUUGGGCGCCCAGGUCGCGAAUUUCUCGCCGUCGUCUUUAUUCUAUAUUGGAUCUUCGUCGCUGGCUCUGCAAUGCUAGGCAUCUCGAUUGGCUUAAACUCGGUGUCAACUCACGCAGCUUGUACUGCUGUUUUUGUCGCUGUUGCUGCAGUGGUCGGCUUCCUCUUUGCCAGUAUUCGUACCCUGGGGCGGAUCGGUUGGAUUGCGUGGAUUGGCUUGGUCUGCAUUAUGACGGCUAUCUUCUGUGUGACCGUUGCCGUCGGUCUUCAAGAUCGUCCUGCCGAUGCCCCUUCCCCCAGCGAAGGCCAUUGGGAGUCAAACUAUAGACUCACCAAUGCCCCAACAUUUGUAGAUGGCAUCUCGGCCAUUUCCUCUCACGUCUUCGCAUUUUCAGGGACGCCAGCCUUCUUCCAAAUUGCAGCCGAAAUGCGCGAGCCUCGCCACUAUACCCGUUCACUCCUGACUUGUCAAUCUAUCGUAACUAUUACCUAUAUUACCAUUGGUAUCGUGGUAUACUAUUAUUGCGGCUCUUACGUCGCAUCGCCUGCACUAGGCUCGGCCGGAGAUCUAAUGAAGAAGGUCUGCUAUGGAUUUGCCCUGCCAGGGUUGAUUGUUACCGCUAUGCUUAUGAUACAUAUCCCGGCCAAGUAUCUCUUUAUCCGACUCCUUCGUGGCACAAAGCACCUCAAUUCCAACAGUGCGGUGCAUUGGGGCACAUGGUUGGCUUGUACUGGAGGCGUCACCAUUAUCGCGUACAUCAUCGCGAGCAGCAUCCCGGUGUUUAACGGCCUUGUGUCACUGAUUGGUGCUUUGCUUGGUACUUUUAUGUGUUUGCAGCCGUACGGCUGUAUGUGGCUUUACGAUAAUUGGACUGCAGGCAAGAAGACCAAAUCUCUUAAAUGGUGCCUGAUGGUCGCUUGGAGCGUCUUUAUUAUCGUCGCGGGCACCUUCAUGGUAGUUGCCGGCACUUACGGAUCGGUGGUUGGUAUCAUGAAUAGCUUGAAAGAAGCUGGGGCGACAGGACCUUGGACUUGUGCAGACAACUCCAACACGGCCGGUGGCCAUUGA